CAGAAACGAGUUUUUCGGAGCAAAGAUGUCCUUGUGCGGCAUCCGUACCCACGUUGCCAUGUUCAACUGACUAAUGUAACAACAUGAGAUUUUGAGCUUCAUAUUUAUUUCUACUUAAAUAUAAGGUUAUUUUCUAUUAUUUCAAGAUAGUUCCGACAUGUUUCCAGAACUGAACAGUAUUCUCAAUUCCAGUCCAGACCGUUUCAAAUCGAGCGACUUUGUCUUGUUGUCUGACAGAAAAGCUGAUGCAUCAUUCCUCAUUCCUCAUUAUCUUUCUUUCUAUUUACGUGCUGGUUGCAAGGUGUGCUUUCUGGGUCUUGUGCAGACCUUCAGCCACUACAAUGCUGUCAGUCAAAGGCUGGGUGUAAGUCUGGUCCAGGCAAGGGACAAGGGUCAGCUAGUGUUUCUCGAAGGACUAAAGGAGUCUCUUGGAGUUAUAUUACAGGACGACACCAGUCAAGGGACACAACCUUUGAGUUAUAUGAGGUCGCCAGGCGUUGGUCUGGAAUGUCUGUUCAAGUUUGUGGAAAGUUCAGUGCGUCAGAGUGGGGAUUGUAAUAAUGGUGAAACAAGGGGUCCUCCAGUGUUACUCAUAGAUGAUCUGAGUGUACUCCUGAGUUUAGGUGUUCGAGUUGGAGCAGUACUAGACUUUACCCUCUACUGCCAAGCCACCAUAUGUUCAGAGUUACAGGGAAAUAUGGUAAUUCUGGUGAGGUGUGAGGAGGAGGAUGCAGAUGAUGAUGAUGAAGAAGGAUCAAACCUGCUUCAGAGGGGACUUGUUCACCAGUGCAGCUUGGCGCUACAUGUAGAGGGGCUGCCCACGGGCUACUGCAGGGACAUACACGGACAGAUGGAGGUUUGGUGGAGACGGAGAGAAGAUGUCAUGUACAACCAAAGAAAGAUUUUUCAUUUUAAAGUCCAUGAUAAAGGAGCGUCAUUUUUUGCUCGCGGGACUUCCAGUGCUGUUCUUUAGCUGUUUCCAAAUGAAAAACAUUUCCCCUACAUUUCUAAAAGAAUGUCUUUACUUACCAGCAUGUUUUAAAUUAAUGUAAAAUAUAUAAAUCUUUUUAAAAGAUCAAAUGGUUUUGUCCACAUGUUUUUUUAUUAAUUAAUAGUAAAUUAGUUAAUACAUUUUGCUAGGUCAGUAAAAUGGGUCCUCUUAAAGGUUACAACUUACAAUGUGUAUCAUGUACACAUAAGAGCUGGUACACAGAUGCCAGUAAUUGUGUAAACUGUAUAGAGUUUCAUGUUUAUGUGAUCUUUCUAUGCCAAAUCUUACUCUCUCCCAGUUGUCCUUUGUAAUUUUCUAUGAUUGCAUCAUGUUUGAUCAUAUUGUCCCAUGCCUGGUAAGCAUUACCCUGGAUGAAUCAAGUUUACAAAUCACUCACUCGUCUUUACUCAGUGAAGUCCAAACUCUGUAAACAAAAAUGACUUGUGCUUAUUUACAUUUAUGCAUUUGGCAGACGCUUUUAUCCAAAGCAACUUACUACAGGGAUUAGUUAUUACAGGGACAAUCCCCCUGGAGCAACCUGGAGUUAAGUGCCUUGCUCAAGGACACAAUGGUGGUGUCUGUGGGGAUUGAACCAGCAACCUUCCACUUACCAGUUCAGUGCUUUAGUCCACUACACCACCACAUGCUUAUUCAGUGGAAGAUGAAAGAUAUGAAGGUAUUCAUUUCUGAGGUUUAAUGACUAAUUUGGCUCUAAUAUUUGAACAGCAACUCUUUUGUUCAUGUUGUUUAUUCAGUACUCCAGCAACUCCAUGUGCUUCCUUUUGUCAAAAGGUUGUUUUUUAAAGCUCUUGAUUAUUCUUUGGCUUGUUGAAGAAUGAACACAAACUUAAAACCAGCGGGUCCCAUCUUUAAAGGAAUAUUCUGGGUUCAAUACAAGUUAAGCUCAAUCGACAGCAUUUGUGGCAUAUUGUCGAUUACCACAAAAAUCAUUUUGACUUGUCCUUCCUUUUAUUAAAAAGCAAAAAUCUACUAUAUAUAUAUAUAUAUACUUACAAUGGAAAUAAAAGGGAGGACUCCAAUUUGUGAAGGGUUUAAAGGCAAAAAUGUGAUGCUUCCAUGAAUUCUAUUAAAACUGGUGUAUUAUUUAAGAUGUAAAGUUGUUUAAAUAAUCGUUUGGGGGUGUACAACUUUGUCAUGUUGUAAAAUUGGAUAUAACUUCACAGAAAAGGUUAGUAAGUGCUUUUAUCACAAUAAAAUAAUGUAAACGCAUAUUGUUUACGUCUUGUGGCUAUACUUUUAAAACUGUAUAUUUUAAUGUUUAGAUAUUGGCCACAUUCACGUCCCGUAAGUGCCUCAGUAUGACAGAUUUUUUUAUUAUUAUUUUUGAAGAAAAGGAGAGACAAGCUGAAGUUUUGUAUUGAAGUUGACAACAUAUUUAUGUGUUGAAUUUGAUUUCUCACUCAAGGUUUUUCCAUUGCCAUCCUCCUCACAAUGAACUUGUGUACACUAAUGAGCCUCAAUAAUAAUGCAUAUAA